GCGCGGCCGGAAGCGGCAGGGCGGCCGGGAGUGUGUUGGGGUGCUGUCAUGAAACCGGCUGUGGACGAGAUGUUCCCUGAGGGGGCCGGUCCUUACGUGGACCUCGAUGAGGCAGGGGGAAGCACCGGGCUGCUGAUGGACCUGGCCGCCAACGAGAAAGCCGUGCACGCCGACUUCUUUAACGAUUUUGAAGAUCUCUUUGAUGAUGAUGACAUCCAGUGAACUUAGUUGUCCAGCUAUGCAGUGUUGAGACGUGGAUUUUUCCCUAGGAUCGCCUGUGGUGUCCAUUAUUUAUUAAAAUAAUUAGAAUGGGAAAAUCAUGGGGGGGG